AUGGAUAACGCUCCUCGAAUCCUCCUCUUUGGGGCCGGGAGCAUUGGGGCCGUCUAUUUGUAUCAGUUCCAGCGGGCUGGCUGCCAGGUCACGGCGGUGUGCCGGUCCAACUAUCAAGCAGUCAAGCAGAAUGGGUUCACGAUGCACAGCAAGCGCUUUGGCAAUGUGUCGUUCCGACCCGACUUCGUGGUGAGAAGUGUCGCCGAGUGUCCAGAGGACGUCACCUAUGACUUUGUCUUCAUUGCGACCAAGUCCUUCCCUGGGUCGAAGCCGUCCUUGAGUGACUUGAUUGAACCGGUCGUCCGUGGUCGACCUCAGACGGCCAUUGUGCUCGCUCAGAAUGGAAUUGCCAUCGAGGACGAAGUGGCCCAGGCAUAUCCGGACAAUCCACUCCUCAGCUGUGCCGUCUACCUCCCGGCCACGCAGACGGAGCAGGGCAUCAUUGAGUAUCCCGAGAUGCUGAAUCUCCUCGAGAUCGGCACAUUCCCCUCGACCGCCCCGGAAUCCCACAAAGCAGCCGCGGCUAAGUUGGCCGAACUCACGAUCGCGGGCGGAGGUCAAGCCGAAGUGCACGACGACAUUCAAAUUGCCCGUUGGGGCAAGAUCAUGCUGAACUGUGCGUGGAGUCCCACCUGCGCGCUCGCCAUGUCCACGGAUGCGGAUUUCUGCCUCUCGUCGGCUCCCUAUUCGUACGAGCUGGUGUGGUCGAUCAUGAAGGAAAUCAUCGCGCUGGCACAGAAGAUGGGCGUCCCCAACGUGGACGAGAAGGUCGCCGAGCAGAAGUUGGCGAUCGGCAAGCGACGCGCAGAGACGAGGCAGGGCAGGGAGACGAGCAUGGUGCAGGACGUCAAGCAGGGCCGUCUGUUCGAAGUGGAGGCAAUUGUGGGCAACACUGCUCGUCUCGGACGGCAAUGGGGAGUCGCCAUGCCUCUUACAGAGAUGCUGUACGCGUUGGCCAAAGCGAGAUUCGACGCGUUGGUACGGCAGCAGAAUGGAGAAAUGACCCAGUGA